AUGGAAGGGGACGCUUUAACACACAUUACUAUAUACAUGAAAAAUGAAUUUAGUACAAAUGACACCGAUAAAUACAUACCUUCAUAUGAAAUUACAGAGAAUUCCAAUGAUCAGGUCUUAGUUUCAGACCGUAUUUUUCCCGAAGCAUUUCAAGAUUGGUGUCGAGAUGGUGGUCAUAUAGUACAAAUACAGCCGUGGGAUAUACGGGCACGCAUAAAGACCCUUCACAACGAACUAUGUAUAACACCGUACGUUGAGUCUAAAAUGAUAAAAAUAGCAGAACAUAUUGAGAAAAAUAUUGAGAAAUACAUUGGUAUCAGUAUUGUUUUUUAAUAUGCCACGUCAAAAAACUACACAAAAACGUCAAAGAUUUAUUUUAAACUUUAUAGAUAAAAUUUACGAAGCACCACGCAAACAGAGAGGCAGUCAAAGUAUUCGUAGAUCACAACGUUGCAUUGCAGAUACUUUAAAAAAACAACAAUGCAAAAAACGUACGGCGCAUACUAAAAAAUGUUGGAUUCAUUUGGCCAAACAAGAUAAUCUACGUAUUAAGCCGUCCAAUAUUAUUAGCGGUGGAAAAGGACUCUACUCGUGGAAAAAACAAAUUCCACGCGGCAAGAAUAUUAGCAAAUUUACAGGGCGUAUAACAACAAAAGAGGAAUUAGAUCAACUUUACGGAGACGUCACAGCCAAAUACGCUGUUUGCAAUCGUCGAGGAAAAUGUAUCAAUUCAAAUUAUACUACAGACGGUGCUGCAAGAUUUGCUAACGACGCGCGUAAAACACCGUUUAAAAAUAACGCACAAAUAAGAGGGAGACAAAUACUUCGUUUAAAAGCAAGUAAAAAAAUUCCGCCACAUCAAGAAAUUUUCACAUCCUACGGGCGAGAAUACUGGAAAUAA